AUGUUAAUAUAUGUGAAGGUUCCACAAGUUUCAUCGGGAGAAGCCCGGAGGAAGGCAGAGCCCUCAGCUCCUCCUAGGGAAGGGGGCCCCACCCAGGGAACUUGGGGAAGAACAAGGGAAGUGGCCAGCGCAGCGGAAGAAGAAGGCCCGGAAAUUCCCUCCUCCACUGUUCACGCGUUUCCGGUCCGGGCGGGGCCAGCCAGAGAGGGCGGGGAACGGACAUAUCAGUAUUGGCCCUUUUCCACUAGUGAUUUGUACAAUUGGAAAACUCAGACUCCCUCUUUCUCUGAAAAACCACAGAGUCUUAUUGAUUUUUUAGAAUCUAUCCUCUUUGCUCACAACCCCACUUGGGAUGAUAGUCAGCAACUGUUACAGGUGCUUUUCACUACAGAGGAGCAUGAGCGAAUCCUGUUAGAAGCUCGGAAGAAUGUGCCAGGGGUAGAUGGGAGGCCCACAAUACAGCCUAACCUCAUUGAGGAGGGGUUCCCCUUGGUGCAACCCCACUGGGACUCCGAAUGCACUGAAGGUAGGGAGCGUCUCCGAGUGUACCGUCAGACUCUCAUGGCUGGCCUUCGAGCGGCUGCCAGAAAGCCAACUAAUUUGGCCAAGGUAAAUUCAGUGAGGCAAGAGCCAAAUGAGAGCCCGGCAGCCUUCCUUGAAAGGAUAAUGGAAGCUUUUAGACAGUAUACUUCUGUGGACCCACAGGCAGAUGAGUCUCGAGCAGCAGUUAUGCUAGCAUUUGUGAAUCAGGCAGCCCCCGAUAUUAGGAGAAAGUUACAAAAGAUAGAGAGGCUGGGUGAACAGUCCCUGCAAGAUCUAGUGAGGGCAGCAGAGAGAGUUUUCAAUCAUAGAGAGACCCCAGAGGAGAGAGAGGACUGCAUUAGAAGGGAAGAAAGAAAAUUUAGAGCUGAAGAAAACCAUAAGAAUCAAAAAGAGCUGGCUCAGAUAUUUUUCGCCGGAGUUGAAAACAAAAAUAGGUUCCAAAAAGGGAAAAAGCUAGACUCAAGACUGAGGAAAAACCUGCAAGGCAUAAGCUUGAAAAAAAACCAAUGUGCGUUUUGUAAGGAGAUUGGACAUUGGAAAGAUAAAUGCCCCAAGAAAAACCUAAAAGAGGGGCCCCAAAAUCCCAAGAACGAGACUCCCUCUCUAGACAGUCAUAUCCUCUACGCGGGUGAGGAUAGUGACUAGGGGGAUCAGGGCUCGAUUCCCCUCCCCGAGUCCUGGGUAACUAUAAAUGUGGAGGGGAAAUCGGUUGGCUUCAUGGUGGAUAUGGGAGCUCAAUACUCAGUCUUAAACCAAAGAGAUGGACCCAUGUCUAAGAAAAGUAGCUGGGUGCAGGGAGCAACCGGAACUAAGCGAUAUGGAUGGACUACAAAGUGGCAUGUGAACUUGGGGGCCCACCAAGUGACCCAUUCCUUUCUGGUGAUACCUGAGUGUCCAGUACCCUUGCUGGGAAGAGAUUUACUGUCUAAAGUAAAUGCCCAAAUUCAUUUUGACCACGGGCAAGUGUCAGUUUUAGAUGGAACCGGGCAUCCUCUUCAGGUCUUGUCUCUGGCAUUAAAGGAUGAAUACAGACUGUACUUGCCAGAGGCCCCAGCGACAAUAAGUCCUGAAGUACAGCCAUGGGUUCAGAGAUACCCUCAGGCCUGGGCUGAAACAGCAGGAAUGGGACUGGCCAAACAGAGGCCCCCUAUUAUUGUGGAACUGAAAGUGAGUGCCACACCUGUGAGAGUGCGGCAGUAUCUCAUGAGUCAAGAGGCUCAGCAAGAAAUUACUCCUCACAUACAACGCCUCAUAGACGCUGGGGUCUUGAGAAAGUGCCAGUCCCCAUGGAACACUCCCCUGCUUCCCGUAAAGAAGCCUGGGGGAGCUGAUUUUAGACCGGUUCAAGACCUGCGAGAAGUCAACAAAUGGGUGAGUGAUAUUCAUCCUACGGUUCCUAACCCUUAUAUAUUGCUAAGCAGCUUGCCACCAAGCUACGUUUGGUAUACUGUUUUAGAUUUAAAAGAUGCCUUUUUCAGUCUGCCUCUUGCCCUUGCAAGCCAAGAGAUCUUCGCCUUCAAAUGGCAGGAAGACGGUGGUCAGACUCCUGUGCAGCUGACAUGGACUCGCUUACCACAGGGUUUCAAAAACUCACCCACGUUGUUUAACGAGGCCUUGGAUGAAGACCUCCUUGAGUAUCGGGUUAAACACCCUACCAUUGUUUUAUUACAAUAUGUUGAUGACCUUAUGCUGGCAGCGACUAUGGAAAAAGAGUGCCAAGAGGCAACAGGUGACCUUCUCCAAACCUUGGGGACUUUAGGUUACAGCAGUGCCAAAAAGGCCCAGAUUGCCAAGCAAGAGGUUACAUACCUCGGUUAUAAGAUAAAACAGGGCCAGAGGUGGCUAACACAGGCUAUGAAAGAAACCAUCCUCCAGAUCCCUGAGCCGGCCAACCCUAGACAAGUGAGAGAAUUUCUGGGAACGGUGGGAUAUUGCCGAUUAUGGAUCUUGGGGUUUGCAGAAAAGGCCAGGCCCCUGUAUGAAGGGACCAAAGAAAACAAAGACUGGAAAUGGACUGAGUCAAUGAAAACGGCCUUUCAGGAGCUCAGGCGUGCCUUGCUAGAAGCUCCUGCCCUUGCCCUUCCUGACCCAUCUAAGCCUUUCCAAUUAUUUAUAGAUGAAAAGCGAGGGAUAGGAAAAGGGGUACUAACACAGAAGUGGGGACCUUGGAAGCGUCCCACAGCUUACCUUUCCAAGAAAUUGGACCCAGUGGCAGCCGGAUGGCCACCUUGCCUCUGAAUCAUCGUGGCCACCACGCUCCUAGUCCAUGAUGCUGAUAAACUGACUUAUGGACAGAGACUCUUGGUCUACACUCCUCAUGCUAUAGAGAGAGUUCUGAAACAACCCCCAGGUAAAUGGAUUUCCAAUGCCCGCUUAACGCACUACCAGGCCCUGCUAUUUGACACCUCACAGAUUCAUUUUCAAAUGCCCUGCACUCUAAACCCAGCUACUCUUUUGCCCAAUCCAGAGAGGGAUAGCCCCCUCCACGAUUGCGAUGAGAUACUGGCCGGAGUAAUGGCAAUACGGAAGGACUUAACAGAUACGCCACUGGAUAACAGUGAGCUAAUAUGGUUUACAGAUGGAAGCAGUUAUGUAAAAGAUGGACAGAGAUGGGAGGGGGCCGCAGUGGUAGAUGAUUCUGGAUGACUGAUAUGGGCGGAGACUCUUUCCCCAGACACCUCAGCACAAAGAGCAGAGUUAAUUGCCCUGAUUCAAGCAUUAGAGAGAGCUAAAGGAAAAAGAAUAACUAUUUUUACUGACAGUCGCUAUGCUUUUGGCACGGUACAUAUCCAGGGCCCGAUAUAUCGGGAACGGGGGUUUUUGACAGCUGAAGGAAAAGAGAUUAAAAACUUGCCAGAAAUCCGUCCACUUCUGGAGGCUGUGCAGUUGCCUCGGGCUGUGUCAAUAGUACAUGUACCUGGACAUCAAAAAGGGGACAGCCCCACGGCACAAGGAAAUCGUGCCGCAGAUCUGGCAGCUCGAAAAGCGGCUGAUGAAGACUUUAUCGCUCCGUAUUCAUCCACAGACCUUGCCUGGAUCCAGGAACGUCCCAACCCCCAACAAGGAGAGGAUGGAUGGUACCGAGACUCCGAUGGUUACUUGAUACUCCCUGCUCAAUUGGGACGGCAACUGUGUGAGCAUCUACACUCGUCUACUCAUCUGGGAGAGAAAAAGACUCUUUUUCAAACUGUGCGCCUGUGAUUCCCCUGGCACCAAACAACUGUGAAGAACAUAGUGCAUGCUUGUAAGGCAUGUCAACAGAUGAGGCCAGGAAAGAGGCAACACGCAGGACUGAGGUAUCGGGGAGAAGGGCCAGGGCAGCACUGGGAAAUAGAUUUCACCGAGGUAAGGCCAGGCAAGUAUGGUUACCGGUACUUGUUAGUGUUGGUAGAUACCUUCUCAGGGUGGGUAGAAGCUUUUCCUACUAAGGGAGAAACUGCAAUGGUAGUGGCUAAAAAGAUUUUAGAAGAAAUAGUUCCCAGGUUUGGCCUGCCGGUGACUGUUGGCUCUGAUAAUGGACCUGCUUUUGUGAGCCAAAUAGUUCAGAGCCUUGCCCUAGCUCUGGGGACCAAAUGGAAAUUACAUUGUGAAUAUAGCCCACAGAGCUCGGGGAAAGUUAAAAGAAUGAAUCGGACCCUAAAAGAAACUUUAACUAAAUUGGCUAUAGAGACUGGCGGGGACUGGGUGACUCUCCUUCCCUUCGCCCUCUUUCGCGCACGUAAUACUCCUUAUCAGCUUAAUCUGACCCCAUUUGAAAUUCUGUAUGGGCGACCUCCCCCUGUAUGUCCAAUAUUUGAAGGAAAGAAACUUCCACCUCCUACUUUGGGACAAUUCCAAGAGGCUUUGAUGGCUUUGGGCAAAGUGCAUUCUCACGUCUGGAAACUGCUCCGGGAAAUACAUGAGGGUCAAAACAAGGGGACUAUCCCCUCAUAUAACAUCGGCCCCAGAGAUUGGGUGUGGGUCAAAAGGCACCACACCAAGGCACUAGAACCGAAAUGGAAGGGUCCUUAUGUUGUUCUUCUUACCACCCCAACUUCCCUAAAGGUCGACGGUAUCGGGCCUUGGGUGCACUGCCACCACGUACGCCCAGCUACUUCACCGGUGGUAAAUGUACCUGGGAAGAGGGGCUACCUCCAGAAUCAUGCAUUCUGGGCAUGUCCAGGUGCACCCAGGCACAACUGGAAGAUCUGUGGGGGGAUACAGGACUCUUAUUGUAAAUCUUGGGGCUGCGUAACUUCUAAUGAUGGGUCGGAGACUCCAGGGUAUAGACGGUGGGAUGUAGAAAAUCGGGACUUGCUUAACUUCUCAUUUGUAGGACCUGUACCUCCGUACUCCGAUUGGGAAAAGAAUCAUAACUUUGCCCAGGUGAAAAUAAGGUUUAACGUUGACAAAGCAAAAAAAGAGAAGGCCUGGGUCAAUGGGAUAUCAUGGGAACUUCAGACCAGAGAUGACCUGACUACUUAUAAUGAGAUCAUUGUUGUGAGUCAAGUUUUAGAACCGGUACAAAUGUAUAGUAUUGGUCCAAAUCCCGUUGAACAGGUCCAUGCAACUCUCUACCCGACAACCUCCCUACCUACAUCCCAGGGACCAACCAAAGACCCAGAGGCGGGCCCCCUUGCUAAACUUGGGCAAACAGAUCCACUAUGGAAAUUAGUAAAGGCAGCUUAUGCUACCUUAAAUCAAACCCAUCCUGAGGCAACUAAAUCCUGUUGGUUAUGUUACAACUUAAUUCCCCCUUAUUAUGAGGCAGUAGGCCUCAACUCCUCUUAUGACCUGGCCAACGGCACCGAUCCUCCCCAAUGUCGAUGGGGAGAAUGA